CUGGUUCGGACAAAGCAGCUCGACCUGGAUCCUUCAAGUUGGGUUCCUCAGGAGCCUUUGGGAACUUCUGAGGGACACAAAUUCAGAUGACGUAUGGACAGAAAAGUGCCCCUUUUGUUAUGCCCAAUGACGGGUAUUUUGUGAGUAUGAUGAACGCUAGCGGCUUGGCAGUGUCGAUUGCCUAAAAGGAUCGAAAAUGAUAAGCUCCAUACCAGACGCGUGGAUAUAAUUAAUAGCCGGGAGUAAAGCUCUGUCGAUGCCCACGCCUCUCUCCCGCCUUACGGUUCUGCCUGCCGUCAUAUACUGCUGCUACCGCGAAAGGCUACUAAACCAGCCAGCAGCUGCUGACCACCAUUUGUUCUUGGCACCCCUGAACAAGUAAACACGAUGCUUUCGAACUUGCUACUCGUGGCUCUCCCGGUGGUGGCCACCUACCUGAUCGUCACAAUAUGGCAAUCACGGUACAAGCAAUUCGCCCAUUUCCCACAGCCCAAAACCUCCCUGCUCUGGGGGCACUUGAAACCCUUGGGAGAGCUUAUGCAGCGCUCUGCGCCCGGACUCCACAUUGAUCACAUACUGGCCCAACUGGCGCAGCAGGCGGGGAAUCCGCCCGUCAUGUUUCUGGAUCUCCGCCCAGCCAGCUAUCCCAUGGUCGUCGUGUGCAACCAGGACGUAGCUGAACAGGUCUCGCGGGCAUCGAAGCUGUUCCCCUGGAGCACGCCCAAGUCUCCGACACUGAGCGCGUUGGUGAGAUUAACAGGGGAACACUCCAUCCUGGUGAAGCAGAACGAGGACUGGAAGCAAACGCGCAAGCGCUUCAACCCAGGCUUCGCACCGCAGCAUCUCAUGAGCCUAUUACCGUGCAUCCUGGACAAGACAGACAUCUUCGUGCAGCACCUUGACAACCUCGCAAACAGCGGCAAAGAGUUCCCCCUGAUCAAGUUCGCCAUCAACCUCACCUUUGACAUCAUCGGCGCCGUCGUCAUGGGCGUCGAUUUCGACGCGCAGCACGCCGACUCGUCCAGCCAGGGCGAGUUCAUCCGGCUCUACGAUGAGCUCCUUAGCACGUACAACAGGUCCGGUCUCGAGCGGCUGCCGCAGUGGAUGUUUGUGCGGCGUGAAUGGCGCCGGUACAGACUCAGUUCCAAGAUCGACCGUCUGCUCGAGGGCAUGAUCCGGCAGAAGCAUGCCGAGGGCGCCAACUCCUCCAAAACCAACGCCUCGUCCCGCAGCGUCCUCAACCUCAGCCUGCAGGGCAACGACAGCCAAACUGGAACCCUCAGCGACGACCUCGUGCACGAGACACGCGACCAGAUCAAGACGUUCCUCUUCGCGGGGCACGACACGACCAGCAUCUUGCUCGCCUGGCUGUUCUACCAGCUUGCGCGCACUCCGCGCGCGCUCAAGGCCGUGCGCGACGAGCUCGACGACAUUUUCGGCCCGGACCCGGACCCAGCCGUCGUGCGGCAGAAGCUGCUCGCCCCCGGCGGCGAGGACCUGAUCCACCGCAUGACGUACACGUCGGCCGUGAUCAAGGAGAUUCUGCGGCUGUACCCGCCGGCGGGGACGGCGCGCAUGGCGCCCAAGGGAAGCAAUUUCACGGUGCAGCUGCCUGAUGGGGGCGGGAGUUUCUGUGUGGACGGCUUUGUCAUCUACAACUGCGCGACGCUUAUUCAGAGGGAUCGGACUGUGUUUGGGGAGUCGGCGGGGGAUUUUGUGCCUGAGCGCUGGCUGGGUGAUAAGUCUGGGAUCAUGAGCGCAGGUGCAGGUGCAGACUCGGGCCGCAAGUACCCGGCGGGUGCGUGGCGGCCGUUUGAGCGCGGUCCGAGAAACUGCAUCGGGCAGGAUUUGGCUACGAUUGAGGCACGGGUGAUUAUCGCGGCUGUGGCACGGCGAUAUGACUUUUUCAAGGUCGGGCUGGGUGAGCUGGAUCUUGAUGAGAAGGGCCAGCCGGUUUUGAAUGAGAAGGGCCAGUUCAAGGUCAAGGCCGAGAUGUACAAUGUGAGUAUCGCUAUGACGUUUUUAUUACUAUUGAAUGUGUGGGUUAAGGUGCUGACUGAAUUUGCCCAGACACAACAGGUGACGGCGAAGCCGGUCGACGGAAUGAGGAUGAAAG